AAAAUUUUAUAUUGUUUUGAAAUUUUGAAAAAUGCACACAUCUAAAAUUCUUUGUUGAUCACAAAAAAAAAAAAAAAAAAAUAGAAAAAACUGCAAUGACUUGCACAGAAAUUUUGCGUGAACUUCAGUGUAAAACUCCGCCUUGUCCCUGCCAGAAGUGCGCCAAGCUACGUGGUGAGAGCGGAAAUGGAAACGUCAAUGCUGAAAGUAAUGUUCGAGAUACGCCGCCAGAGCGGCCAAUACCAAAAUAUCAGUUUCAGUGUAAAUGCCUUUGUGAAACGGAUACGGAAAUGCCCUAUAAACGGAAGUGUCCACCCGCUCCGCCGCAGCCCAAGCAAACUGUUAAACCCAAUGAAAAGUGUGUAGAAGAUGAUUGUAAUACGGGGAAAGGUUGUUGCAAUACGGGGCGCAACUUUUUGUCCUUUAUGAUAAGCAUAAUUGGCUUCAUAGCGUUUCUAAUAAUAGCCGCCAUCGUGUUUUGGCUUUUAGUAUUGAAAUGUACAAUUAUCCUGUCCAUCAAAGUAUAUAAAUCGAAGAGAUCUACGCAAGUGACAGUAGUCAGCAUAAUUGGUUUAUUGUUUCUGCUUAUAUUUUGUACGGCUGCAUUAACAUGUUUUCAAAGAUAUUCGGCUAGACGUUCGACGAGCAAACUUGCAGCACAACCCGCCACUAAAAUAAAAUCCGAACCCUCUGGCAGUUGGUAUACAUUUAAAAGGAGUCAACAGAAAGCAAUUGCGCCGCCACCCAAAGUGACUAAGACCCGCUACCCUUGGACGCUUCGUUCUGCUACUCCGGAUCCAACAAAAAAAGUAACUUCCACAGUCAGCAAAGUUGAAACACGUUCUUCGUGGACACCUUUUGGUAGAGGACAUCAGGUAACAACGAAGGAAAUCAAAACAGAGUCUAGCGAACCACGUUCAUCGUGGAUAAAAACACAUAUUUGGCGGGAGACAACAACAAAAGAUACUGUUACUCCAGUUAAGAAGCCAGAAACAUCUUUUUCCUGGGUACCUUCAUUCAGAUGGAGUUCGGCUUCAACGAAACAAAUUGAACAACAAACUAAAACAACAGAGACACGUACCACGUGGAUGCCUUCUCGAUGGUGGGGUUCACCUGCUCCAAAACAAAUUGAUUAUCAACUGAAGAAAUCUGAAACGCCCACUUCUUGGCUGUCUACAUUUAGUUGGAGUACAAAAAAAGUUGAACAAGCACCUAAAAAGAUUGAAAGGCGUUUCUCCUGGCGGCCUUCUAGUUGGUGGGGUCAGUCUCCGCCAAAAGAAAUUGGUUGUGAACUGGAGAAGCCUGGAACCUCUACUUCUUGGAUAUCAACAUUUAGAUGGAGUUCAACUUCAUCGAAACAAAUUGAGCCUCCAGCCAAAAAGGCAGAGGCGCGUACAUCCUGGAUGCCAUUCCAGUGGGGUCAGACUGUACCCAAAGUAGUUGAACGAAACGAAACGUCUGUGACACGUUACACUUGGUUACCAUCCCUAAAGUGGAGACAGUCACCAAGCAAAAUUGAAACAACAACUACAAAGACGGAAGUACGCUCUUCAUGGUUACCUUCUUUUAAUCUGCGCUCUAGAUGGACAACUUACUUUACUAAAUCAACCACAACAAAAGAAAUUCAAACUCCAACACAAACCACGAAAGCACGUUUCUCCUGGAUGCCUUCUCUUUGGUGGCGUAACAAACCAGGAAAAGAUAUGGAAAUUGAAUUGACACAGAAAGAGCAUGAGUCACGUUCAUCUUGGUUACCCUACUUUAAUUGGCGACGGACGAAGACAACAAAAACGACAACAACAAAUAAGGACUCGAAGAAGACUACUUCGACUUCUUACUGGUGGCCAAGUUUUUCUUGGGGUCAAUCAACAACCACAGCAGCAGGUAACAGACUGUCCGGUGGAAUGCAACAACAGAAGCUUACUGUCACCAUAACCGACGAUGAGGCACGGCAAAUGUAUAAACGGUCCAAGUUGUAUGCGAUACCAACAGAAAUGAAACAACCGCCGACUUUGAUCAUCUAUUUACGAGAUUUUAUUCAAAGAAAUACGGACUAAAGACGCGACAU